AUGACCACAACCAACACCUCCACCGCCAUGUCAGCUGCCUCAAUCUCUUCCUCUGACUUGGAAAAACUCCAAGUUCUAGGCCACGGCAAUGGUGGCACGGUCUACAAAGUCCGUCACAAACGCACCAACGCUAUUUAUGCGCUCAAUGUCGUCCACAGCGACUCUGACCCCACUCUUCGCUGCCAAGUCUUCAGAGAAAUGGAAAUCCUCCGCCGCACCAACUCUCCCCACGUCGUCCGCUGCCACGGGAUCUUCGAGAAGCCGUCGGGUGACAUAGCUAUUUUGAUGGAGUACAUGAAUUUAGGCACACUAGACUCGCUACUCCGAACUCAUGGAACUUUCACUAAACCCAAACUCGUUGACAUGGCGCGUCAGGUUCUCAACGACCUUAGCUACCUCCACGGACACAAAAUCAUCCACCGCGAAUUUAAGCCUUCGAAUUUGUUGGUUAACGAUAAAAUGGAAGUGAAAAUCGCCGACUUCAAUGUCAGCAAAAUCAUGUGUCGUACGUUGGACGCGUGUAACUCCUACGUUGGCACGUGCGCGUACAUGAGUCCUGAAUGGUUUGACUCGGACACCUACAGCGGGAACUACAAUAGGUACGCUGGCGAUAUAUGGAGUUUGGGGCUAACUUUGUUGGAGCUAUAUAUGGGUCAUUUUCCAUUUCCGCCCCUGGGUCAAAGACCCGAUUCGGCGACCCUGAUGUGCGUGAUUUGUUUCGAAGAGUCGCCGAGCUUGCCGAAGCAAGCUUCGGAAGAGUUUCAGAGUUUUAUUGAGUGUUGUUUGCAGAAGGAGUCUAAUAAGAGGUGGACAGUGGCUUAG